AUGCAAAUAUCAGAGCAUUAUAUAAUAUGCUUUUGUUUUUGGAGUGUCACGCUUGGCUUUGUCCAUGCAGCUCAACUACCUGUCUUGAAGAAUGGCUUAAGAUUUUCUUUGGGGAUGGGCGCAAUGAUGGCAAGGAUUAGUUGCCCGCACCUCGCUGGGCUUGCAGGUGUCAACGAAGCCCGAGUAAAAAUUUAUUCUUGGAUCGCUUCUGAAUCCUCUUUUCCACUUUCCCGUUUCCAGUCUCCACACCCUGCCUACGAGCAGUCGAGCACUGCCGUUUCCUUGCGACUUGCGAUGGCAGCAAUCACAAGAUUCCUUGGCACCAGUUCUGCUUUGCGUCGAUUGUCACUUGUUUCUCCUGCUCUCCUCAGUUUUCGCAGAGGAAUUGCUUACAAACUGUUUGUUGGAGGUUUGCUCUUUCUCUCCUCUCUGUAUCUCGCCUCCUCCAUUCUCUUCGGACUGUCGUUUCUCACAACAGAGAAGGGAUUGUCAGAAGCAUUUUCUGACUUCGGGCAAGUUGUUGAAGCAAAAAUUGUGAUGGACAGGGUAUCAGACAGAUCGAAAGGGUUUGGGUUUGUCACCUUUGCCUCAGAGGAUGAGGCUGAGAAUGCCAUAACAGGGAUGAACGGGAAGCAGGCACUAAACGGUCGUGUUAUCUUUGUGGAUUAUGCAAAACCCAAACGCAAUAUUGGUGAUGGAAUGCCAAUUGCCAGGGGACCUCCUGAACCAACAGCACACAGUUAACUUGUUUAUGUGAAUAUGAAUGUCCUGGAAGCUCGAGUACUUUACUGAUCAAAUAUUGCGAACUCAGCGGAUAGGAAAACUGAGAUUUGAAAUCUCUUGAAGCACACAACUGUCGGAAGCACUGUUCUUGCUCAUCUCACUCAGGCCCACAAAAUUAUUGUAGGAGGACUUUGUUUUAGAAUACUGGUUUUAAACUUGUAGGUUAGGGUGUUGCCAAAAAAAAAACAAAAAAAAAACCCUUGUCGGUUAGGGUUUUAUAGCAAUAGCCAAAAGUGCAAGAAAGGCCUCUAUGUUUCUGGACGUGUUUCCAAAUGUUUGCUAGUAUAAGUAGAUUGCGGAACAAGUACCGCAUAAAGCCUUGAAUGGCAAGUUGGUUGUUUAUGACAUGGAGACAGUGCGGCGGCUUUCUAUAAAUGUAUUGGAGAUGUAGAUGUUAUAAUUGUUUUGCUGAUGAAA